AUGCUGGCCUCCAUGGAGGACAAGCCCUUCCCGACCCGUGCAGAGGCCUGCGACGUGGCCAACGCCGUCUUGGAUGGUGCAGAUGCAGUGAUGCUCAGCAGCGAGAGCGCCAUGGGAAAGUUCCCUGUCGAGACGGUGAACACCAUGAGGAGGAUCGUCGAAGAGGCCGAGCACGCGCUCGUGUCCGAGGUCGUCGCGGCGUGA